AUGAGUAACUGGAGAAACCCAAACAACUGGCACUGGACAUCAAAAAAUUGUUUGAAUUGGGCCAAAGACUACUUUGACAGAGAACUCAAAGAUGUCUCGGUAGAACAUGACGGCACAACCGUCAAGACUGACAAACUCACCGAUUGUAAAGGAGACGUUGACCUGAGUCAAAGGAAAGGCAAACUAAUAACAAUUUAUGAUGUUGCCUUGACGAUUGAAUAUUCGGGCACAUCCGCUGCUGGAAAUGAGGUAAAGGGUAAAAUUGAAUUCCUUGAAGUAGCUCAUGAUACGGACCUAAAGGAUCUUGCGUAUACUGUAACUGCAGAUGAGGAUAUGGAUGAUUACGAAAUCGUCAAAGAAGUCGCCCGUAAUUAUUUGAUACCUGCGUUGAAAGAAAAGCUGGGAAAGUUUGCGCACGAUCUUGUUGAAACCCAUAGAACAGACGUUUACAUUGACCCUUCGCAAAUGGGAGCGGUAUCUACUCCGCGUCCAGUGACGCCUAUCGCAUCAUCAUCUGAUGUUACGAGUAAAACAUCAAGCUCUGCGUCUACUCUCACAACAUCCUCUACUUCUACCAAAACACUUUUGAAUACCAAGACAAUUAAAGAAACUAUCGAAUUCCAAACAUCAGCUGAUCAGUUAUGCGAGACAUUGUUAGAUCCAGGCAGAGUCGCCGCUUGGACAAGGGCCCGACCAGACAUUUUCAAGACCGUUGGCAGCCAUUACAGUUUGUUUGAUGGAAACAUUAUUGGAGUUAUGCUCGAAUUGGUUCCAAACGAAAAGAUAUCGCAGACAUGGCGUCUAAAAUCUUGGCCGGAAGGUCAUUACUCUAACGUCACUAUGACAUUCGAACAAACAUCUGAUAGUACCAAACUACAUCUUACUCAAACCGGGGUCCCUGUAGGAGAGGUCGAUGUUGUCCGCAACAACUGGCAAACGUUCUACUGGAAUCCAAUUAAAAGCGUCUUCGG